UUUCUGAAGGAUACCCUCUCUGAUUGGCUAAAUCUGCCACCCCAGAUUCGCCGUUUGCGCGUGCACAGUUUUCCUAUUCUCCGUCGCGGGUUACGUCAACAGCGUGAACCUUCUUCCAUGACAGCGGAGCAAUCCCUGUAACCCGUUACGGAAAUAGCGUAGCUAACGUGCGCAACGACAAAGACAGCGAGCCUGAAACCUAUGGGGAAGGAAUAAAAAAAGAAAUUCAGUACCGUCGCACUCUGUACCUAAAGACCAUCAUUUUCUGAAGAGGUCGCUGCCCCGGAACCUCGGUAAAGACACCGAAAUUUGACGGCGACGAGGGCGGAUUUUGAGGCAGCGCAGAGCCAGUGAAUUCGUUGAAGAAGACUGUGUCAACUGGCAGAUUUUCCGUUGGACUAUCUGUAGGCUAGGGUAUAGCGAGGGAGCCGCCAUGGCAGUCGGAUCAUUGAGCCUCCACAUCGGGAUAUGAAGAGGAACUGCAUGUGCCCCGAAUUGUCAAGAAAACGCCGCAUUUACCUUUGAUCCGCACCGGAUCGGCACUCUUCACAUCUGAUAUCACCCUUCUUCAUCUUUGUGAAAUUGAUUCUGCUCCCAGAAAGAAAUCUCAGUUGGUUUUAAUCGGGGGGCCACAGGGAGAGGCCAGAUUCAUGACUAUUUUAGUCGGAGAAGUGUCUUCAAAGGCCCGCUGAAAGAAAACCUGGAAUAUAAGGAAGAAAUGCUGCUCUGAUUGACCGUUGGUGGGAAAGAAAGGGUAGUUUAUUAGGUGAUACGAACUAGAGUGAAGGAUCGUGGGAUAAAGGGGUCGCUUUCUGCCCGUCUUCCCUGUGAAUUAUAGUGUUAUUAAUUUACUGUCAUCCUUUUUUGGAUGAGAAGGUUCGGCGAAGCGACCAGCCCUGCCGUUUAGCAAGUCACAGUCUCCGAGUCGAGAGAGAAUCAAAGGGAUUGGAUCAUGUCGGGUCGGCCCAGGACCACAUCCUUCGCGGAGAGCUGCAAACCAGUGCCGCAGCCCUCUGCUUUCGGCAGCAUGAAAGUCAGCAGGGAUAAGGAUGGCAGCAAGGUAACAACAGUCGUGGCCACUCCAGGCCAAGGCCCUGACCGGCCACAAGAGGUGAGCUACACAGACACUAAGGUCAUCGGCAACGGCUCGUUCGGCGUUGUCUACCAAGCUAAACUCUGCGACUCAGGAGAGCUGGUGGCCAUCAAGAAAGUCCUGCAAGACAAGAGGUUUAAGAACCGUGAGCUGCAGAUCAUGAGGAAAUUGGACCACUGCAACAUAGUCCGCCUGCGCUACUUCUUCUACUCCAGUGGAGACAAGAAAGAUGAAGUGUAUCUGAAUUUGGUUCUGGAUUACGUUCCUGAGACUGUCUACAGAGUGGCCAGACACUACAGCCGAGCCAAACAGACUCUGCCCAUGGUUUAUGUUAAGUUGUACAUGUACCAGCUGUUCAGGAGCCUGGCCUAUAUCCAUUCGUUUGGGAUCUGUCAUCGGGACAUCAAGCCCCAGAAUCUGCUGCUGGAUCCAGAGACCGCCGUGCUCAAGCUCUGCGACUUUGGCAGUGCCAAGCAGCUGGUCCGUGGAGAGCCUAAUGUGUCCUACAUCUGCUCUCGCUACUAUCGAGCUCCUGAGCUCAUCUUUGGUGCCACUGACUACACUUCCAGCAUAGAUGUGUGGUCUGCCGGCUGUGUGCUGGCAGAGCUGUUGCUAGGACAACCAAUUUUCCCCGGUGACAGUGGAGUAGAUCAGUUGGUUGAAAUUAUCAAGGUUCUCGGCACCCCAACCCGAGAGCAGAUCCGUGAGAUGAACCCCAACUACACUGAGUUCAAAUUCCCCCAGAUCAAGGCACAUCCAUGGACUAAGGUGAGUCAACAGGUGUUCCGGCCGCGUACGCCUCCGGAGGCCAUCGCCCUGUGCUCUCGCCUGCUGGAGUAUACGCCCACGGCCCGUCUCACCCCUCUAGAGGCCUGCGCACACUCCUUCUUUGACGAGCUGCGCGACCCCAACGUCAAACUGCCCAACGGGAGAGAAAAGCCCUCCCUCUUCAAUUUCACCACCCAGGAGUUAUCCAGUAAUCCCUCUUUGGCCUCCAUACUCAUCCCUGCCCACGCCCGCAGCCAGGCCGCCGCCUCUACCCCAACCAACGCCUCUGCCACCACAGAUGGCAGCAGCACAGAUCGAGGUCCCAGCACCACCACCGCCUCUGCCUCGGCCUCCAACUCCACCUCCUGAGCCCACAGACCACCCGCCCUGCUCCGGUCUCAGCCCCAGCCCACGGCCUCUCCAUUGCCCCGGCCAGGGGGUGAGCUCCACUCAGCUCUGCUCUGCUCCUCCUCCCUGACAGCAGCGGAGCGAUGCUGACGCAGUCCGGAUUCAACAGCUAGCCAACAGCCCCGUGCCACAACCACAAACCAAGCAUCCCUAAUCUGCCUCUUUUAUCCCUGACUUGGCCCCUCAUCCAGCUGUUUGAACUCUACUCCAUCCUCCAUCAAAGACAUCUCUCCGUUCCCUUUCAACGGGGAAGCAAAGUGCAGGGCCAGAGGUGUUGUCGACUGUACAAUUGAUAAAAGUACACUGUACAUGUAUACACAAAGCUAGCCUGCUAAUGUUUUUAAGAGGACAAUCUGUAGAAAAAGUCCUAAGCUGUUCCCCUUGGCCCGCCCGCUCCCUAUCUGGCCUCCCCCCUUUGUCCUCCUCCACAUUGUCCCAUUUUUCUGCAUCCUCAUCCUUUGACGUAUGACCCCUGUGUCCCCUGGCCGAUCCCCCCCUUUGGUUCCUCCUGUAGUGCAUGGCCUGAGUAUGGUUAGGAUCACCUGUGGGGUCACCCUGCUCUCUCACUUCUCACCUCCACUUCCGCAGACAAGGCAUGAGGCUUGCGCACGGGUAUACACACACACAUACACAUACACACACACACACACACACACACACACACACACACACACACACACACACACACUCAUAAACACACACCCACAUCAUCACACACACACAUGGAUGCAUGAUGAUCCUGAUGUAUGUGGAAACAAGCGGUCCACUUGCGGGCGUAGUGUUUGGACAGGUUUUUUUGUUUCUUUGCCUGGGGUUGUUUUUAAAUGGUUAGAAAGCCGUUUUACUCAACCUUGUUUUUAAUUUUUGUUUUUUACUCCUGGGCAGAUGUUUUUGGAUUGCCAUGUGCGAUGGAUGUGACAUGUAUCUGGUCCUGUGUGCUUGUAAAAUAUAUACAUACAAAUACAAAACAAACAUGCAUACAUACACAGUUUAUAUAUUACUUUUCCUUAUGUAUAAAAAGUAUAUAUAGAUAUAUGUAUAUUAACUACAAUGGUUCAGAAAUCAUUUAUGGUGAGCUCAUAUCUGGCAGAGCAGCGGCAAUAUUUGCUGCUGCCUAAAGACAAUAGAUUUAGAUAUGGUGGUGUUUUGUUUCUUUUGCUGGAGUGUGGUUAGAUUCCAGCAGUCUCUUCCCUGUUCUCCCGUGUUGUCUGUAUUAAGGCUGUAGAUGGGUUUAGGGCAUUGCUCUAUUCCCUGUCUUUGUACCGACUCUGUCUGUAACAGUGUUUCUGUGACAGUGCAGUGUCUAGACAAACAUCUUCCCCUGCCUAUCUCUUCCUCUUUCUCUCCGUCUCUGUGAAGAAUUCAAGAUGUUUCUAAACUAUUUUCUUUCCGCGACUCCUUGAGAAGUCUCUGCAGUGGUCUUUGGCUCACCGCCAACUGUCUCCUGUGUUGUGACCACUGACUUAAGUGUUACCCUAGCAUUUUUUCUCCUCCACCGCACAUAGAGCCACUCGGUACAGUCUGUCAAAGCGUCUUAUUUACAGAGAAUAUUCACUACAUUGAGGGGGAAAAAAGAAAGAAAGAAAAGAGAAAAGCAGAAUUUGUAUAUACAGUAUAAAUGCUCCUCACCAAAAUUCUGACUUGUAUGACUUGUAUGUUGUUCUUUAUGUUAUGUUGAUUAUUUUUUCCAUGUUGUGUUCAAGGUAUGUAUAUAUGCAGACCCAUGUACUGUUUAUGAGCAAAAACAAAGAUGACAAAGGGUAGGGGAAGAAAUUAAAAAGAUUAAAAAAACAAACAAAAAAAAAUCACAGAAUCAGGGCAAAACUGAUGUUGUUUAUGGAUAUUGUAGAUGAUGAUCAGCUUUAUCCAGCCAUAUGUUCAAUCUUACCUGUACAGUAGAUGACAGCUGUAUUAUUGUAACAAGAACUAGUCAUGUAUAGUGUAACUAUAGUUUGGAGUGCCUUUGCUUUCAUACACCUUCGCCUUGUUUCCCCCUCACCAGGCCCCCUAACAACCCGCCCACCCCCACCCCAAUAUUGUGACUCUCCCUUUGGUGCUGUUGAAUGUCCUGCUAUCCUGCAACACACUCACACAUGCACACACACAAUCACACUCUUCCACUUGAUUUUCAGUCCCCUCCACCUGCACCGCUUUCCCUUUUUCAUUGCACACUUACUGUAAUAUACAGACAUUGUUAAUUGUAAGGAUAUUUUCCUUAACUGAAAAUACAGUAGACAAGUGUUUAUUUUAAUAGAUGUUUUAUCUUGGACACACAUGCACGCACAAACAUGUAUACUACAGUCCUAGCAUGGACUCCGGGCAUGAAGUGGGUUCGGGGGUGGGGUGGGGGGCGUUGUGGAUGGCAGCAGGGGUUCAAAAAGGCCUCAUAUACUGUAUAUAUACAGUACAGUUUCUGUAUUGCUCACAGUGUUGGUUCUGUUACCAAAGCCAAACUAAGAUGUAGUUGUGAUGAGCCAUCCUUAGAGGCAGUCAUGUAUUCUGUCUCUCUUCUUCUCUCUCUGGAUAUUUUGUUGUUUCUCUGUCCUCUUGCUUGUUCUCCUCCCCUGUCUGCAUAUUCGGGGGGAAUUCAGUAGCACCUAAGGGGUCGAGUCAUGUAGCCUCUCUCCUGUCUCCUGCUUGCUGUAAUUUUGCAUUCAUGAACGUGUUGCUACCACCAGAAAGUUUGACCACCUCACCCUACCCCUAACUCCAGUUCAAUAAAAACACCACAAAGGUUACCAAAAAAGAAGACAACCAAGUAUAUAUGCUAGUAUAAUAUAGUAUACGAGCAUAUAUACUAGUUUACUAUGCUAACUGGGUUUAACUGGGGUUAAAGAAAAGAAAAAUCAUAGAAAAUACUACAAAAACAUCCUGUAUAACAGUACUACUACUUGAAUGCCUCUGUUUGUGACUGAAAUUUUUAUUUCAUUUGUUAGUUUGUUUUUUUGUUUUCUUUUGUUCUGUGAAGGUAUGCUAAAUGUGCACCUCUGUAAAUAUUCCCUCUGCGUGCUCUGAGGAAUAGUUCCCUGGUACUGUAAUUUGCAUUAAAUAAAGAGUAGGAUAGCCUGGAAAUGAUCAA